AUGAUGGUCUACGCAGGCUAUGAGUUCCAGCAGACUUACGCACAACUGGCAGGUAUCGAGCCAAGGCCCAAGCCAGCCAAAAGCCGCUGUGCCGCUAGUAGGAGCCAGAGCAGCGAUGAAGGGCAAAACCGAGAGGUGGUGGUCGAGCUGAACUGGGACGUUCCCGCGGACGAUGUCGUCCUGGUGGAUCUGUGGAUGAGCUCCGCUUCCCUGGAGAGCCAAAAGUUCAUCAAGGACUUCGCGCCAAAGCGCGCCGUGCUGAAUGAGUACUUGCAGUUCGUGCCUCACUACCAUGUAUUCAGCAUGGAGUCGAGCCAGGACUACAAGGAGCUCUGCAGCGAUGUCACCGGCCGAUUCUGUGCAGAGGACCCGGAUGUCUCCGGCAGCGUCACAGGCAGAGAUGUCCUGAUGGAGGAUGUUCGGCAGCUCUGCAUCCACGAGCUAACGGCCAUCACCACGGACAAGAGGAGAAAGUCCUCUUCGAUGCCGAUCCCGCUGGCUGUCCGGCAGAAGUUGCCCUUCUUCUCAUCGCAGUGGUGGCAGUACGCCUCCAUCCUGUUGGAUGAGUGCCCGGUGGACGGCAAGACCUCCGACCGUGCCUUCGGCCCAGAGUGCUCGGCCCGGGUCAUGCGGCAGGUUGGCAUUGACGUGGAGAAGGUUGAGGAAUGUGUUGCAGAGACCAAGGAGCAGAAGUUGGAAGCGCAGUUUGUGAAUACCGCGUGGUCGCCACGGGCCUUGCGUAUCAAUGGCUGGAGGUAUAGCGGCUCCAUGGAUGCGGAGGUGGUGACCCGCGCGGUGUGCGUGGGCUUCACGACUACGCCGGAGCCGUGCAAGUACCUGGCGGAGCCAGUGAAUCCCUUCGAUCAGGAGCCGAAAACGGAUUAUGGUAUCUCCUUCUCCCAGAUGAUCGAGGCCAUCGUCGCGACUGGAUUUCUAGUCACAUGUGUCAUGUACUGCUACAAGCGCUCCUUGACACGGCAAGUGCACACAGCUCUCAGGGAGGAGGUGAUGUUGGAGGUGCAAGCGGAGAUGAGCAGGUACAAGCGUCUGGAGAUGUGA